GGCAUACAACCAGCCGCCCGUUGGCUUCAACAACCUCUCACCAGACAGUAUUACUUUCAACCGUUUAGCGCGCACGCCGGGUCGAGGAGACACCGCAGGAGAAUAUAAUGCUCACCCGGAUAUUUUAGAGUUUUUUUUUCAUUUCUCCUUCCUGGACUGAAUUUAUCCUUGGAGAAGUAUUGUUCUUCUCAUUUUGUUGGUGGAUGAGAAAUUUGUUUUUGUUUUUAUUAUUUUUUUUUCCAUUUGAGGACCUCGUUUAGGAGGUUGAUUGGAGCUGGAUAUUGGAGGGAGAUUUCAAGAGGGAAAUUGACAGAUGUUUUGAGGAUUUUCGUUGAGGAAUUGUUGGAGUUCUGUACUACCUCGUGAUUCAGGUGUCAAGCCUCUGGAGUUAUUGACUAUUCGAUGAGGCCUGUGAUUUUUCUAAUUUUUUAAUGGGAUAUUAAUUUGACGUUUCCAUUCCGAGUGGUGUUCCGAGGUGCAGUUUGUCAGUGGGAACUUGGAUUUUGUGUACUUUAUACUGAGGACUGUUGUGAAUAGUGGGCUUGCAGUUCAUUGACAAAUUGAUUUUUGUUAAACUUGUGCACGUGAGCGAUGCAGUGACAGGAAUUGAUUUUCCUGAUAAAUUUUUUUUUCUCUGUUGUGUUUUUGUGUUGAGUGAAAACGAGUACACCACUAUUUUGGAUUAUAUACGGUUGAUAUUCAACGUGCGUGCAUUGAAAAGGAGAAAAGUCACAAGGAUAAUAACCCAGUAAUUUACGUGCCUCAGAUAUUCUAAAAGAGGUGGAAGAAGAAUAAUCAUCAUCCGGGGUGUCUCGAGGAGUGCCACCCCACGGUGGGGGUGGUGUUUGAGAGUUUAGUGCCGCGGCAAUGGUGGCAGCUGCCACCGCAACGGCCACCGCCACUGCCUGCGUGGUGGCCAUGCAGGACCGCCAGGAUAUCCCGUCCCAAUUCAACCAGAGUCAGCAUGGAAUGCCCCACAACUCUUACAACACGGGUUACCCUCAGCGUGGCCCAAUGGCCGGAAUGGGACCAGUGGGAAUGAACAACUUUUCGGGAAUGACUUCUAUGGGUCCAGUGCACUCAAUGAACUCCCUAAAUUCCAUGAAUACCAUGAACCCAAUGAAUCCAAUGUCAAUGGCACAAAUGAAUUCCAUGAACUCGAUGAACUCGAUGUCACCAAUGUCUCAAAUGAACAACAUGGCAAACGUAGGUAAUAGCAUGUCAAUGAAUACGAUGAUGUCGAACAGCAACAUGCCAAUGUCAAAAAUGGGAAUGCAGCAGUCACAGCAGGCAUACCCAAGAAGACUGGCGCCCUAUCCGAGCCCAGGAAUGCACAUGGUGCAGAAACGCCAGCAGGCGCCGUACGCACCUCCAACGCAGCCCCAGCACAUGCAGCAGGGCAACUUCACCAACAUGGCUAAUCAGUACCCAACAAAUUAUCCAGCUCGCGCCAACUUUCAUCCCCAGUACCAGCCGGUUCAGGGUAUGAGUCCUACCUUUCCCAACGCCAUGAUAAGAGGCACCAACAUGAGGCAGACAGCUCCAUCGUACGGUGCCCAGGGUGCCCCCCAGUCAAGUCAGUAUUACGGUGCAACCACCAACAGCCAGCACAACCAAGUGCCCAUGGGUACAAAUCCAGUGACCCAUCAAGGGGGUCAGUUUGUUGGUCACACCAACAAUCCAAGCCAUCCCAAUCAUCCUGGUCAUCCAGGUCACCCUACCCAUCCCUCCCACCAGACCCAUCAGCCCCAUCAGUCUCAUCAGUCCCACCAAUCCCAUCAGUCCCACCAACCCCAUCAACCCCACCAGCCCCAUCAGCCCCAUCAGCCCCAUCAGACACAUCAGACACACCAGACACACCAGACCCAUCAAAACCAUCCCAAUCAUCCCUCCCAUCCGGGCUACCCCACUAACACAAAUUCCUACCCACCAACAGCCCAGUACCAACAAGAAGUAUCACCCAUGCGAAAUCCUCCAAACGUACCGAACGUAUCCUACCAACACAGUCCAAUACCGGGCAAUCCAACUCCACCUCUCACUCCCGCAACAUCAAUGGCCCCGUACAUAAGCCCAAAUCCCGACAUAAAACCCAACUUCAGUGAGCUGAAGCCGAAUUUCGAUAUGAAGCCAACGUUCUCCGACAUAAAAUCACCAGUUCCAAUUCAGAAGGACGACGAAUUGAGACUAACAUUCCCAGUGAGAGAUGGCAUAAUUCUUCCCCCUUUUCGUCUCCAGCACAAUUUAGCUGUGAGCAAUCACGCAUUCCAGCUGAAACCAACGGUGUAUCAGACACUGAUGUGGAGACAGGAUUUGGAGUUGCAGUUGAAAUGCUUUCAUCACGAGGACAGGCAGAUGAAUACCAAUUGGCCAGCUAGUGUCCAGGUAUCAGUUAAUGCAACACCACAGGGAAUAGACAGGGGUGAGAACAAGUCAUCGCACAAGCCACUUUACCUCAAGGAUGUGUGUCAGAAUGGCAGGAAUACGAUACAGAUAACAGUAUCGGCUUGCUGUUGCUCGCAUCUAUUUGUCCUUCAGCUGGUCCACAGACCGACAGUGAGGAGUGUAUUGCAGGGUACCCUGAAGAAAAGAUUGCUCACUGCUGAGCAGUGCAUAGCCAAUAUCAAGCAGAAUUUCAACAGUUCGAUGGGAAAUGGUGGAAUUAAGAGUGAGAAUGAUGUUGUUGAGCAGACGGCGCUGAAGAUAUCACUAAAGUGUCCGAUAACGUUUAAGAGAAUUACGUUGCCCGCUAGGGGCCAUGACUGCAAGCAUCCACAGUGCUUCGAUCUUGAGAGUUAUCUACAGCUAAACUGUGAGAGGGGUGCAUGGAGGUGUCCUGUUUGCUCAAAACCGGCGGUACUUGAGGCACUCGAGGUUGAUCAGUAUAUCUGGGGAAUUCUUCACUCCACAGCUAGUACACCUGAUAUCGACGAGGUGACGAUAGACUCAGCGGCCAAUUGGAGACCUGCUAAGAGCCACUCGAGUAUCAAGAGCGAGGAGGAGAGUGACUGUAAAAGGCUCAUCAAGAAGGAGGCUAUGUCACCUGGAAGCAUGAGUAUGCCAACCAUGAACAAUUGGGAGAUGAAUCAGGCUAUGAGCCCUUACAUGCCACCUGAUAUGAAUAGUAUCGUUAGUGGAUCUAUGAUGAAUAAUUCAACCACUGGCUACAGAAGUAGCAGCAUCAAUCACAGAAAUUCAUCGGGGGGAAGCUAUGAUGUCACUAAUGGGGGCAACUUGGGGAGCGACUACUCGAAUGGGGCUGGACCUCUCACGCAUCUCAGUGAUUCUGUGAAUUCCCUCGAUCCGCUGAAUGCUAUGGAGAAGAGUCUCAAUGAUCAGAUGCCACAUACGCCUCAUACGCCUCACACACCCCACACACCGUAUACACCUGGAGGUGGAAAUAGUGGACCUCCUAGUGUACCACCUGCCUCCCAGGAAUCGACGAAUCAUAAUACCUCUGGGAAUGGUAGUGCAAAUAUCAGUGGGAAUGAUACGACGGAAAUUCCCUCUGAUCUAAAUUUCGAUCCAGCGGCGGUUAUCGACGGCGAGGGAACGGGGCAAGAAGCACUGAACUUAUUGCCAGAUAACGUCGUGGAUCCUAUGGAGCUUCUAUCAUAUCUGGACCCUCCUGAUCUCAACACUCCUCCAAGCAGUGGAGCAAGCAGUGGUCAUCCCUCCUCCAAUGACGAUAUCCUGGCGUUCUUCGAAUGAACUUAAAAUAAAAUAUCGCAGACCAUAAAAUGAACGAACGUCUCCUUUUCAAAUGAAUAAUCAAAUUAAAAAAAAAACAGACUCAAGUCGUUGAAAAAAAUGACAUCAAGUCAGUCUUCGCAGUUGACUAUAACAAAUGAUCAACAUUUGUUGUGAAGAUUAUGACGGAAUUGUGGAGUCACGUGGGUGCUCUCACCUAAACCAAUGGUACAAAACACUUUUUAGCUCUAAUUGUAAUAUUCCUAUGGACAAUGCUAGGGCAUACUAGGUUUACAAUUACCUACUUAUUAUAUUGAAAGGGUAAAAUGCUGCAGUUACAGUUUUAAAUAUGAUCUGGCUGUGGCUGUGAGUUGGUCUUCAAUCAAUAAAUUUGAGAAGAAAAAUAAAACCACGAUAAAAUGGACCAGAUUUCACAAUUAACGAAAUAACUGCUUCACAAAUGCACAAAUGCAACGUUUAAACAGUGAAAUAAUGAUUAAGGGCCUUCAAUUGGUCUUUAAUGUGCGGUCUACUGUCGGCCCACGUUGGCUGAUUCUUAUUACUUGUACAGAAUUUUAUUCUAAUUAUUAUUUUUCUUUUCUAAUUUCUUUUUGUAAAUAAUCUCGAUAGACUUAAGGAUACUCAACCAUUGUAAACCUGCUUAUUGAUGGAUAAUAGCGCAUACAGUGUUCCUUUUAUUUAGGGAGAAAUUGUUUUUUUUUUCUGACGAGGUUAUAUAUCAUUAUAUACUAUAGCGUGCGACCCGUAAACCAAAAUCGAAUGUAUGAGAUUCUUCCAAAAUUUUUUCAUCUCACUUUCUGGGGUGAAGUGGAGAUUUGAUAAAUCUUUACGGUGAAGUAUUGCAAGGGAAAAUGUUUCCUCAUUAUUCGACUUGAAGUCGAUAAUGUGGCAUUAUUUCACCACCACUUUGCCAGAGUAUCGUCGAUUUUUAUUUUGAGAUUUUUAUUUAUCUGAUAGAUGCAAUCAACGAGUCAAUUGUAAUACUUCCUCAUAAUUUCGUUCUAAAACCUCACGAAGUCGCCGAAGCAGAAUCAACUUCUGAUGCAAAUGUAGGGAAUAAUCUUGUUUUUUUUUUUUUGGGAGGAAAUAAAGUUGGUUGGGAACAGCAGUGGAAAUUACGAUUAAACCAAAUGAAUGCGCACCUGAAUAAUAUUGAGUCAAGUUUCAUUGGGUCGGAAAGAUUGACUUGAUUCAUGUUUUAUUGUGGCUGAUGGAGUUGAGGCGAGUACGGAGGAACUUGAGGCUGAAAUGUAAGAAUAGAUUUGAUUCGAGAAUCGAAGAUAUUUGGAUGACCUGUGUAAAUAAAUGGAAUCAAGUUGAUAAUCAAUUGACUCAAGCUUCUCUGGACAUGCAGAAUACAGAAUCAAGUGUUGAUUUUUCAAUUUCAACAGCACAUGAGCAAUAAAAAUGUUGAGUCAUGUCGAUAUUUGGGUGCGUGACAAGUUAACUGCCAGUUUGUGAGGCACAACGAGCCCCUGCUUAUCUCCUUAUCACCUUUGUAUCUUUUUUGUGAUUGAAAAAGGUGAAAUGAAGGAAUAGACAACAAAACAAGAGAAAAUAUACUUAAAGUGAUUCAUGUAGAUUAUACAAAUUUUAUAUAUUAAACAAAUGGAGAGAUUGACGUUGAAAAAUGUGUUGAGUGAAGCAACAAAGUAAGAAAAAUGUAUUUAUAUUCCGAUGAGUUUACGUGAGCCAGUGCACAACGCAGAGAGAACAGUAAAAAAUGAAUUAUUCGGUCAAGUUUCUAUUUAUAAUUAUUACGUAUAAUUGCGAUUAAAAGUUUUAUUAUUACGUAAUUAUUAAUCGUAAAAGAAUUAUUGUAUAUUAUUUGUAAAUAUGACAAAACGUGGAAAAAAGUCGAAAAGUGGAAAAAACAAAAAUGGAGAUAGAUUAAUAAUAUAAGAAAAAAAUAAAUAAAGUGGCAGAUACUUAUUGGCCAGUUAUAAACAGUAAACAAUGGAAUAAUAAUUAAUUAAAGAAAGAAAUAAAAAAAAAUGAAUGAAAAUCUUAAUUAUUUCACAGAACCAAAACAUACAGGUGAUGUAUGAGAAUAACUUAUCCUUACUAGAUCAUGAAGAGGGGAAAAAAAGGAUGUGUACAUGUGAGACGAUUUGGUACAGCCAAUAAUACUGUAGCAAAUUGAUAAUGAGAGUACUAUUACCUAUAUUAAAGACCUAAACUACCUAAAAUGAAGUUUAUGCAAACUGUAAGCUUUACUUAAGUGAAUUCGCCAAGAAAAAUGAAAUCGUAGCAUAACGCAACUGUAGAUGCAGUUUGCGGAAUGUACAUAGGCAAUAACUACCCAAUUAUACCUACCUAAUAUUAUUCUAAAGUAUCACGUUAACAAUGACGUAUGACUUUUUCUCAUUUUUAUUUUGAUUUGGGUCUACAGUUGUCGAUAAAUAUCUGGGGAAUUCAAAAUUUCGAAUAAAGUGGAAUAAUUCACGAAUUAAUCUGGAAAAAUUUUUUAUUUUUAUCGAAUUAAAAAAAAUAUAUAAAAUUGGGAUUAUUUUUUUCGAUGGCUCUGGUAAGAAUGAAGUAAUCGGAAAAUUGCAGUUCAGGCUUUGAGAUGAUUGAUUAGGAAUUAGAGAUAUCUGUAGACUCAAGUCGUAGAACUAUAUCACCUCUGACGAUUGUUGGAUGGCCUAUGAUUUGAAGUUAUUCUGCACCAAUUGUGUCCCCAAUUGAAACGACAAUUUAGUUGUAGGUUUGACACUGAGGCGAGUAAAAGACAGCAAACAAAAAAAAAUGUUUGUCUAGUGUAUAUGAAAAUUCCUGGAAGCUCGCCUCGUGUGAGAAACAUGUACGCAUAAAUGAAAAGAGAACACAAUAAUGUUAUUGGUUACAUUCACCUGAAAAAUUUUAAUACACAAAAAUGCAGAUGAUGAUUUAUAAUAAUUGUGAACAGAAAUGAGAGAGAAGAAAGUGUUUCCCGAUAACGAUUAGAAACAUUCAAUAAAAAAAAUACGUAAAUAAUUAAAUAUA